GAGCUCAGCCAGAGGAGUCGCCGUCAAAUACCUGAAGCCAUCCAGUCAGACGUACCUUAGUCCCUUAAUUGAGAGGGGGAAGAUAGGGAACCGGAAGCGGCCGAGCAUAGAUUGGGCCCAGCGGCGAUCCACUUCCCCCGCACACCAUCGCUCUCACUGCGACCCCUGAAGGGCCGAACAUGAUACUCAGAGGCCGUCUUUCCUGUCCUUUUUGUCUUUCAUUUUUCCCGAGACAAUUUCAGGAAAGAUACAGCUCCAGACCUCCCUUCCUCCAUCAGUCCACCACCAGGAAUCAGCCAAACUGUAAGGCUCUCUCCGCUAAUCAUCAUUAAUGAUAAUACACCAUUACUCGACCUUUGUUCUGCUGGGAUCAUUCACCAAACAAGCGGACGAACGGUGGCAAUCUCUCAUACUCUCUCUCCUUUUCGUCAUCGCCGUCGUCGUCGUCGUCUUCUGAUAUCGUCUUCGGCAUUGUCGUCGCCGUUGUACUCUCUCUCUCUCUCUCUCUCUGAUACUCCGACAAACUCCGCGUCCUCCGUUCCCCUCUUUUUCUCUUAAAAGAGUUGGGGGUUGUUGGGAGGCUCGACAUGUUUCUUUGUUAAUUGUGGGUGGUUUUGGCGUUGGGAUUUUCCCCUUCUUUUUCGUAUUGGUGGGGGCUUGGGAGCGAUUGUUCUGGAGUUCGCGAAGGGUGUUGGUGAAUCGUACUAUUAGGGUUUUUGUUCUGAAUCUUCCUGGACUGUGUGGGUUGUGGUUUGGGAUGUCGGUUGCCUAGGGUUUAGAGUUGGUCCGUUUUGUUGGAUGGGAGAGACGACGAUGACGUCAACAAACGGAGGUCAGGGGCCUCUAACGAGGCAGGGUUCCUUGUAUAAUCUGACGUUGGAUGAGGUCCAGAACCAUUUGGGAGAACUUGGGAAGCCGUUGAUGAGCAUGAAUUUGGAAGAGUUCUUAAGGACGAUAACGUCUGCAGAAGAGAGCCUGGGUGCCAACGCCGUGGAUGCUGCAGAUCCCGCUCAGUUUAUCUCUUCUACUGCGGUUUCCGAAAUUCAGAGGCAACCCAGUUUUUUGUUGAACCAAGACUUAGGAAACAAGACUGUCGACGACAUUUGGAGAGAAAUUCAGCAGGUUCAGGGAAAGAUCCCGCCGGAGGAAGGGAAGGUUCAACGGCAGCCGACGCUGGGAGAGAUGACGCUUGAAGAUUUCUUGUUCCGGGCGGGUGCUUUAAGCCAAAACUCGGAUCCUUCUCUUGCUCCCCCGGCAAUGCCGCUGAUGCCGGUUGAAGUGAUGCCUGUUCCUCAGCAGGAUUGGAUAGAAUAUCAGCUUGCCAAUGCAACUGCCGUCGCGGCUUCAUGUUCAUCUUCAGCUCCGCCUCCACCGCAUCAGAAUUUGACAGGCAUGUAUAUGCCUGGCUUUGGGGUGGGCGUCAGCAGUCCGGUUUUGGAUGUUGGGUACAUGGAGAAUCCGAUGACAGCAUCUUCACCGCUCAUGGCCAUGCCCCUAGAGAAUGUAGACAGAAAGCGGACGGCCUCGGAUGAAGUCAGGGAUAGAGCAAUUGACCGGAGGCAGAAACGGAUGAUCAAGAACAGAGAGUCUGCUGCACGUUCCCGUGCCAGGAAGCAGGCUUAUACGAGUCAGCUGGAGGGAGAAGUUUCGCAAUUGAAGGAUGUGAAUACGAGGCUUAAAAAGGAGAAAGAGUUGGACAAUAUCCUAUCCACUCAAAUUUCAGCCCCAAGGUAUCAGCUCCGUAGGACCAACUCUGCACCAGUUUAAAUCAUUACUUGAUGACAUAUUCUUUUGUAAGUAGACCUUCUUUUUAUCAACAAGCACAAGUUGGUCCAGCCUCUCUCACCGGAUUCACUUUUGGAAGGUUCACACUUUUUUCUUGAAUGAUCAUCGCUGUAUCUUUGUUCUGCCUCCGUAAUUUAUUCUUAUAGGAAAUUGCAUUUUCUCCAUGUUUUUUCAUGCUGGAUAUUUUUUUGGAAGUUAAUUAAUUACAUAAGACAUUCUGUGACUACUUUGGUUUGCAUUAAACUAUAUAGCUGUCAUUUUUCUUUUUGAACAAUUUGACUGAGCAGAUUUGCUUCUUUAUCGCUGCUUGGACGAAUGUGCAAUUAAAAUUGAAUGCUGGCACUGCAGCAGCUUGUGAAAUAAGAAAAGUGAAGCAUAAGACCCCCUUGUAGAUCUCA